AUGCCCGCCUCGAAAGUCUGCAGCGGGAAGUUGUUUCAUGGUGGUGCACGACUAAGGCGGCGGAAGAAGCCUCCUCUGCUUCGACAUGUCUUCCAAGAGUUCCGUACCGAUGUUCACCGUGUUUCCACGCUGAAUCCGGAGGACCACGUCAACAGAGAGCCCAGGACACUCACCCAGAAAUGGCGCGUCACUUCUGGUCUACGUCGUCCGGAUGGGGUGCUCAGACGCGUAUACCUGGUCAAUGGACACUUUCCUGGACCGACAAUAGAAGCGCGUUCCGGAGAUGAGAUCAUCAUUGAAGUCGAAAAUGCCCUGGAACAAGAUGGCAUCGCGAUUCAUUGGCAUGGCCUAUCGAUGAAUGGUGCCAAUGAAAUGGAUGGCGUCGUAGGCAUAACGCAAGCUCCCAUACAACCAAGUCAAAACUUCACCUACAGCUUCAUGAUCGAAGCGGAUCAGCACGGCACAUUCUGGUGGCACAGUCAUUACGCGCAGCAGCGAGCAGAUGGUUUGUACGGGGGAUUUGUUGUUCACAAUCCCGUUUCUGGGGACGAGGAGCCGGAAAUCGCUGAUGAGCGACUACUUUUGGUCGGAGAUUGGUACCAUCGUCAUGCUGCCGCUGCAUUGAAAGCAUACAUGCAUCCUGGCGCAUUCGGCCUUGAGACAGUCCCGGACUCUAUAUUGAUCAAUGGCGCAGGAGCAUACAAGUGUGCGGAUGCAGUCCCUGUUCGGCCAGUCGACUGUAUUGAGGUCCCGGCAGAAUCUCAACCAUCACUCUAUCUCGAUACCAAGAAACGGACGAUCCUUCGACUUGUAAAUGUUGGCGCCUAUGCUGGUUUCAGUGUUUCUGCUCCGGGCAGUGUGAUGACAGCUCUCACAGUAGAUGCGGGUCAUCCGAUCGUUGGGACCAUGUCUAGAACAGUAGGCCCCUUGCAGCCUGGAGAACGACUCGACGUCUUACUUGAGCUCGAUCCUGUCGCUGGUCACUAUGACACUAGGCUUAAUAUCACAUUGGACGAUACUCCGUUCAAGUACGAGAAUACCGCAUUGACGCUAACGCACACAUUUCCACUUCGUUGGAACGGCAGGUUCAGGAAGCGUCAAGUAGGCAGCGAUCCAAAGUCCAUCGUCGCCGAGCAUUUUGACCCUCAAACCGCCACUUCUCUAGAGGAUCAGAGCGUUCUUGUGCCGCCUGCCGCGCAGCAUACGGUCAUUCUAUAUGCGGUGACACAGAAACUUGCCAGACUCGACAAUGAAACGCGCGGAUUCAUCAACCAUACUACAUGGCGACCACAGUCUCCGCCUCUCAACGCGCUCGCUCGCAGCAAGUGGGAUGCUAAUCAAUUGGUGCCGCACAUCCCAUACAAUCAGCAUUCUCCGGUCUGGGUCGAUAUUGUUCUGAACAAUCUGGAUGAGGAUUGGCACCCCUUUCAUCUGCACGGUUACAACUUCUGGGUCUUGAGUAGCUACACCUCCGACUACAACUGGGGCUCGUAUAAUCCGUACGAUAGCGCAAAGCCCCCCGGCGGUGAGAACGAUCUCAAGGGUGCACUUCGGAAAGAUACCUUCUACGUGCCUCGUCACGGCUAUGCUGUCCUCCGUUUCCAAGCAAACAAUCCUGGCCUGUGGGCUUUCCAUUGCCACGUAUUGUGGCACGAGGCCUCAGGAAUGGGAAUGACCUUCGACGUGCGCUAUUGA